GUCGGAGAUGACAGUUACUUUGGUCCUUUAGGAAUAUUGGAAUAUAAAAAGAUGAAUAUUCCAAUCAGAAUUCAAAGGUAAAAAUCGAAAUGAGAAGCAGCCCACAAAAGUUUGGGAUUAAUUAGCAACAAUUAGCAGCUUAAUUAUGAAGAUUAAUCAUCUGGGACGCAACCCAUCAGAGGGAGAUUAAGCAAUUUUAUAACUAUUUUCUGGGCAGCAGAUAGGGACGGAUUCGUUCAUAUAUAAAUUCACACGCGCACAAGACAAUCUAUUCAAGCAAAACCCACAUCACAAUCACCACCUUUAAAUCCCGUCCCCCUGAGGAGAAAGCAAGAAGGUUCGUGAAGCAGAGAAUGGCAAGCAAUGAAGAAACCAUGGAGAUGGAAGAUUCAAACGGGGAGUCAUAUGGGAAUAAGGUUAAACUAAGGCUCAAAGAUCCAUCCAAGAAAGUGGCGCAGACGAAGGAGAUGCUGUCGAAACAAGCAGUUCAGACCAAAGAGAUGCUGUCCAAACAAGCCAUUAAGAUCGCUAAACAGGCUGAGGAGCAUGAGAGAUUCAUCAACAAGGUGACUCAUUUGUUGGGUGUUCUUGGAUUUGGAGGCUUCUGCUUUAUCUUGGGUGCAAGGCCACAAGAUGUUCGGUAUCUCUAUUGUUUGUUCUAUGUGAUUUUCGUUCCACUUCGGUGGAUUUAUUACCGAUACAAGAAAUGGCACUAUUAUCUUCUGGAUUUUUGCUAUUAUGCUAAUACAAUCUUCUUGAUCAUGCUUCUAUGUUUUCCUAAAAAUGAAAAACUUUUCAUGGUUUGCUUCUCAUUUGCAGAGGGGCCAUUGGCAUGGGCGCUAAUUGUUUGGCGAUGUAGCUUAGUUUUUAAUUCAAUGGACAAAAUUGUAAGCGUCUUCAUCCAUCUCUUGCCUGGAUUGGUUUUCUUCACAAUUCGAUGGUGGGACCCAGUGUUCUUCGAAGCCAUGCAUCCUGAGGGGACAGCUCGUAGAGCAUCAUGGCCCUAUAUAGAAAACAAAUCAUACCUCUGGACAUGGCUUUUCUUUGUACCUUUAGCUGCUUAUUGUGUUUGGCAGCUUCUUUAUUUUCUCAUUGUAGAUGUACUGCGUCGCCAACGACUACUCCGAGAUCCAGAAGUUAUGACUUCCUACAGGGAACUUUCAAAAAAAGCACAGAAAGCUAACAACAUAUGGUGGCGCCUGAGUGGAUUGCUUGGGGAUCAGAACCGCCUGUUUAUGUAUAUUCUGCUUCAGGCUAUGUUCACAGUGGCAACUACAGCACUUACCGUCCCAAUAUUCUUGUCGUAUGAAUUACACGUCACAUUCCAAGUACUCAAGGUCUCUGCAAGUGUAUGGAAUGGAGGUAACUUUUUGCUGGAAGUGAUGCCAAGGCAGGUCAUUCUGAAAGAGAAAAAGAAAACUGAAAUGCAGCCUAUUGAGCCUCAGCUGGACCAAUUACCGCAGGAGAACUCAAUGGAGAUGUGUCACUCUUCUGAGGUCAUAGAAUCCCAGUAGCAGUGUUGAAUAAAGACUUGUAAAAACUGGUCUUUGAUGUGCUAUGUGGUGACAACUUGUUAGCUGGUUUGCUUCAUUUCAAUGUAAGUUUCCUUGUUCACUUUGUUACAUUUGAUGUGAUUUUCAGAUGACACCAGUCUCUAAAAUUGGGUUCAAUCUGUAGAUUAGGUGAAAGGAUACGUGCAAAUACAUUUUUACUUUUCUGAUAUGUUCUGGAAUUCUAAUCAAGAAUAGACUGCCCACCGAGAACUUAGUGCCAGAAGGAAGUUCUUUGUACAAAAACUGUGGUGCAUAGUGUUUCCCAAACUCUGUCGACUAACAUUUAGUUACCAUGUCAUGUUUGCUCUUUC